ACAGUUAUAUUUUAUUCAAAAGAAACACCAAUCAAGUAAGCAUAUAUUAAACUUAUGUAACAGGCAUUGUUAGGGGCAUACAAAUACAAUAAUAGGGAUACAAAUACAAUAAAGGAAACAAUCUACAAAAAAGGUUUGAAGAGAUCAGAGGGAAGCAGUUUUGGAAGGAAGAAAUGGUAUGGAUUCAAUUCACUCCAAUUCAAUAAGUGCUUAUAAGCAGCGUAGUGAAAAAAUGACAUUGAUAAAAGAAUAUAAUACAGUUCACUUAACUAAAUGGAGAGUGACAAAUCACAGCCUCAGCGUCCCCAUUAGCAAAAUGAAGGGAUUCCUUGAACAGAUGACUUUGCCAGGCCUCUUCCAGCUCAAAGUCUAUGAGUUAUGAACUACAUGAUUUCUUGAUGAACACAAAAUUGGCACAAAAGCAGACUACAGGAGACUUUAGUUCUCUAACAUAUGGUGAUGUCUCUGCCAAAAAAAAGCAUUUGACUCAUUUCUGAAUGGGGUUUGUUGAUCAUUUCAUUUCACAAAAGUAUAAAGCAAUUAAGGAGGGGAACCAAUCUUCAGAUUUUAUAGAUCCAUAAACUCUGUGAGGCCACCUAGUUUAACCCUACUUGGAGCAUAAAUUUCUAAGACAUCUUCAAUAAAUGAUCAUUCCACUCUUUGGUUUCCCUUUUUAAAAACUCAAUCCAUUAAUGGGCAGUCCUACCUGUUACACUUAUUCUUUGAUAAACAUCAUUGGGUAAGGGGCAAGAACCUUGUAUUUCAGUAUUUGCUAUCUAACCUUGGAUCAAGUUACUCCUUCUAUUUUAGGGAAAACUGAGGUCCAGAGAGGGGAAGUGACCUGACAAGAAGGCAAUGAACUAGUAAUUAGCAGAACUUGAACUGUUUGUCUGACUCAAAAUUAAAGCAUCUGAGAGGAGCAUGAAAAAAUUCAGAUUUUCAGCAAGAUAUUUUGAUCACAGGGAACUAAAUAUCAUAAUCAAGGCAAUAGGUUGAAUCUUCCACAUUCACUAGGUCUAGAUAAAAUUAAAUAAGACAUAAAAGUAUGUUGUAAUCCUUAAAGCACUAUAACUAUAUAUAAGCUAGCUAUAAUGAUGAUGAUGAUGGCAUUUGGGUCUUAGGGAAGCAGGCAAAAAUGGCAAAUUCAAUCCUAAAGUGAAAGUUUUCAUUUCCAAAAAAAAAUCUGUGGAAAAAAUGCCAAAUCCAAAUUCUGUCCAUUCUGCAUGAAUUCUAGUAAAGAUUGUCACCCUCAAUCGAUUUUUUCCUAUUUAAUUUAAAGCAAUACAUGUUAAGUCCCUACUAAGUGCUAAGAAUUGAGCAUAAAAAAGACAAACUCUGACCUCUAGAAACUUAUCAUGUAAAGUGGGAGAUAACUUGCAAACAUACAUAUACGAAAGAAGUUAUACACGGAUAAAUUAGAAUUAACGGAGGGAAAGCACUGGAAUUAAAAGGGGUUCGGUAAGGCUUUUUUGUGAAAGGUGAGAUUUUAGUUGAGACUUGAAGGAAAUCGGGAAAGCCAGGAGGCAAAGAUGAGAACCUUUCAGGCAUGGAAGUCAGCCAAAGUAAAUGUCUGUAGCCAACAGAGGGAAUGUUUCCUUUCGCUGAACAGCCCAGAAGCCAAUGACACAGUGUCGAAAGGUACGUGGCGUAGUAGCUUACGUAGGGCAAACCAGGUAGAGUAGCAGCUGGAGCCGGAAUGCUUCUAGGGUAAAUAAAGAGCGUAUCCCCGGCUCCCUAGUGGAGCGGAUUUCAAUAAGCGAAAGGGGCUGGCCAGAGACGAGGUUUUUCUUCCAAUGGUGGGCCGCGAAGCACGCAACCGCAGUUCCUCUCUAAACUUUCGAACACCGGAACGUGUGCACUGAGGCGAAAGCGGACGCGGCGCCAGGGGAAGGGAAAAGCGACGGAACCGGCGGAUAGUUCCAAGAUGGCGGCGGCCUCUAACGUCUACGCUUUCCGGGAUGCUCGCGCGGUGCCGGACCCGGUACUGGAGCCUCCCCCAGCCGUGCGAGUGCCACACCCGGUGCCGCUUGUGCUGGACAAUGGCUCGUUCCAGGCGCGCGUGGGCUGGGCGUGCCCGGGGGCCGAGCCUGAGCCGCGCCUCUUGUUCCGCUCGGUAUGCGCGCGCAGCCGCGGGGCCGCCCGCGGCGGGGGUGCGCAGGUGGGCAAUGACCUGGGAAGCCUGGAGCCGCUACGCUGGCUGCUACGCUCGCCCUUUGACCGUAAUGUGCCUGUCAACCUAGAACUGCAGGAGUUGCUGCUUGACUACAGCUUUCAGCGCCUCGGUGUCUCUUCGCAGGGUUGUGUUGAUCAUCCAGUAGUUUUAACAGAAGCUGUUUGCAAUCCGCUAUAUUCAAGACAGAUGAUGUCAGAGCUUCUCUUCGAAUGCUAUGGGAUUCCCAAAGUUUCUUAUGGAAUCGACAGCCUCUACAGUUUCUACCACAAUAAAAGAAAAAACUCAGUUUCCAGUGGCCUAAUAGUUUCUUCUGGAUAUCAAUGUACUCAUAUUUUGCCAGUCUUAAAAGGAAGGUUGGAUGCCAAAAACUGUAAACGAAUCAAUCUUGGAGGAAGCCAAGCAGCUGCAUACCUUCAACGUCUUCUCCAAUUGAAAUAUCCUGGACAUUUAGCAGCCAUCACUCUUAGCCGAAUGGAGGAAAUCUUGCACGAGCAUAGCUACAUUGCUGAAGAUUAUGUAGAAGAAUUACAGAAGUGGAGGUCUCCUGAAUAUUAUGAAAAUAAUGUUCAUAAGAUGCAGCUUCCCUUCUCCAGUAAGUUGCUUGGUAGCACCUUGACAUCUGAAGAGAAGCAGGAGAGACGGCAGCAGCAGCUGAGGCGGCUUCAGGAACUUAAUGCUCGACGCCGAGAAGAAAAACUACAACUUGACCAAGAGCGGCUAGACAGACUUCUCUUUGUGCAAGAACUUCUAGAAGAUGGUCAGAUGGAUCAGUUUCACAAAGCCCUGGUAGAAUUGAACAUGGACUCUCCAGAGGAGCUACAAUCAUAUAUACAAAAACUGAGUUUGUCAGUGGAACAAACUAAGCAGAAAAUUCUCCAGGCAGAAGUCAAUAUUGAAGUGGAUGUGGUAGAUACCAAAUCAGAGACACCUGACUUGGAGCAACUUGAACAAUCUCUAGAAGAUGUUGAAAACAUGAAUGAUUUCGAACCUCUGUUUUCUGAGGAAACACCUGAAGUAGAGAAGCCAGUUACUACUGUGCAGCCCAUGUUUAACUUAGCAGAAUAUCAUCAGCUAUUUCUUGGUACAGAAAGAAUUCGAGCUCCAGAAAUCAUUUUCCAGCCAUCUCUUAUAGGAGAAGAACAGGCUGGGAUAGCAGAAACUAUUCAGUAUGUUUUGGAUAGGUAUCCUAAAGAAAUACAGGAAGCCCUUGUCCAAAAUGUUUUCCUCACUGGUGGAAAUGUGAUGUAUCCUGGAAUGAAAUCUAGGAUUGAGAAAGAACUGCUUGAAAUGAGACCCUUCCAGUCUUCUUUUCAGGUCCAGGUUGCUUCUAAUCCUGUAUUGGAUGCCUGGUAUGGAGCUCGAGAUUGGGCCCUAGAGCAUAUGAAUCGUGAGGAAGGCUGGAUAACCCGGAAGGAUUAUGAAGAAAAAGGGGGAGAAUAUCUUAAAGAGCAUAGUGCUUCAAACAUUUAUGUCCCCAUUCGGGUUCCAAAACAGACUCCACGAACAUCAGAAGCCCAGGCAUCAAGCAAAGUAGCCGGAGUUAGUGUAAGCAAUCCUUGUGAGCAAGUAUAGCAAGACUCCUGCACACACAAUCCUCCCACAGAAGCGACAUUAGGGAAACAGCUUCUGUGUCAUGAACUCUUAAAGUGCCAGAAUAUGGGUCUGUACAGAAUUGUUUGCUGUGCAGUCAGCCUGAUAAUCCAAGAUAGCAACUUCUCCUUUAGGGGAAUAAUUAGGAAACGCUUUUUGACUUUGGGAGCUACACUGAUUUUUCCAUGGACUCUAGAAACUUUUCAGCGCCUUGGUAUUUUUGACCAUUUUGGAAAGGAUUCUGGAAUUGUGCAGAUAUACAAAUGGAAACAGAGGAUAUAGUAGGAGGGAACAAAUGGUUCAAGAUGUGGUUUAUUGUUAUGUUUUAUCUUUUUUUAAUAAAAUAUAUUUUUCUUAAUGUGC